AUGAAACUACUCGGUCUCCUCGUUUGUUUAGCGGCAUUUGCGCUGCAUUGUUUGUCUUUCACAAUCGACAUCGAUGCCAACGCAGAGCGAUGUUAUUUCGAACGAGUUACGGCAGGUACGAAGAUGAGUCUGAUUUUUGAGGUUGCCGAAGGCGGUUUCUUGGACAUAGACGUUAAGAUAACUGGUCCAGACUCAAAAGAUGUGUACAAAGGAGAGAGGGAAUCUUCUGGGAAAUUUACGUUUUCAGCUCAUAUUUCCGGAGAGUACAGAUAUUGCUUCAGUAACCAGAUGUCAACGAUGACACCGAAAAGUGUCAUGUUUUCGAUGAAUAUAGUUAAAGGUACUACGGGAAGCAACGCUACGCCAGAAGGUACGGUUUUCAGGCGAGUAGUGUAA